AGAUAAACCUUGCUAAUUCGAUAUGGCGAACUCGCCCAUGAUGAUGUUCACGUUCUUGGCUCUCGGCCUAGCGGCAUUACUCCUCUCCACGGCAGGCCCGGCGGCGGCGCAGAACUGCGGCUGCCGGUCAAACGAGUGCUGCAGCCAGUACGGCUACUGUGGCACCACUAAAGCCUACUGUGGAAAAGGGUGUCAGUCGGGCCCGUGUUCUGGGAGCGGCGGCGGCGGGACGACAGGCGUUCCCGUGGAGAGCCUCGUCACCGCGGCGUUCUUCAACGGGAUCAAGUCCCAGGCCGGCAACGGGUGCGCCGGCAAGAGCUUCUACACGCGCCAGUCCUUCCUGGACGGCGCCCGGGCGAAUCCCAACUUCGGGAAAGGCCGCUCCAACGACGAUUCUAAGAGGGAGAUUGCCGCCUUCUUCGCGCACGUCACGCACGAGACCGGACAUUUCUGCUACAUCGAGGAGAUCAGCGGGGCGAGCAAGGACUACUGCGACGAGAAGAACACGCAGUGGCCGUGCUCCGCGGGGAAGGGGUACUACGGGCGCGGGCCGCUGCAGCUGUCGUGGAACUACAACUACGGGCCGGCGGGGAAGAGCGUCGGCUUCGACGGGCUGAGGAACCCGGAGAAGGUGGCGCAGGACCCGGUGGUGGCGUUCAAGGCGGCGCUCUGGUUCUGGAUGAACAACGUGCACCAGGUCAUGCCGCGGGGGUUCGGCGCGACGACCAGGGCCAUCAACGGCGGGGAGUGCGGCGGCGGGAACUCGGCCGCGGUGAACGCGCGGGCGGGCUACUACAGGGACUACUGCAAGAAGUUUGGCGUCGACCCCGGGAAUAGCCUCACUUGCUAGGCGCUGGGUCGAUCGGACAUGUGCAUGCUUCAAGCAUAUGGCUUGUGUCUGGAGAAUAAAAUGUUCGGCGUGCGCAUAACGUACACGUCUUAAGCUGUCUCAGCGAGAAAUAAAGGGUGAUGAUGACAUGA